AUGCAGAGGGCGAACGAUGAACGCUCCCAUCUCUCUUCCUUCCCGUCGCUCACCUACAUAUGUUGCGCUGCUCGCCUCUCAACGUUGAAGACCCAACGCACUAAAGAAGUCGUCACAAUAGCGUCGCUUACUCCCUGGAUUCGAGUGGUGGUUCGGUUGACUGGGAUGCUUGGGCAAAAUGUGAGCGCAUUCUGCGAAAUUCGUCUUGCGCUGCUUGAAACUGACACAGAUGUACGCGAAAACCUCCCCGAAAGCAGAGCGCGCGCAAACAUCCUUGUAUUCUACCUGUAUGGCACGGGCGCUGACCGAUGGGCGGCCAGUGGCGCUAGUCGCUUGACCCAGAGCCCGCUAUUAUCUCUGCUCAGCGGUGCGAAUGUCAGUCUUCCGUUUCGUGCCGAUUGA